UACGCUCACUAAGGUCGGUAAAUAACGUACAAAUAGUCAGAAAUAUCAAAAUUUCAAGUGGCGCGCUUGUCCAUAUCUCGCGAGAUUUCCCGGUGUUCAGUACUUUGUCAGCAGCAGCGAUCCUCCACCAUUUCGCUGCGUAAAGUCUCCUCCCCGCGACCGCUACAUUCUGCGCCGAAACCCAGUCUCUCCCGGUCCGUAUUUUAACUUCUUCCCACAGACCUAGUGGUACCUCGUUGGGUACCGGGAGAAAGUUUGGAUUAUUGGCAUUACGGAUUGAGUGCGAUUUUACGUGGAUGACGACUCCUUCAACGAGAAUUUAGUAAAAGAAAAUUGGUCGGAAAUUUCAGAAUAUGUGGAGGGGACCCUAAUUUCAGCAUCCUGGAAGUAGAAAGCACAGAAGAUCUGUGUCUCACACCACAGACAGGUGCAGUGUGUAGCCGGGGCAUCACAGAGGAAGGAAGCUCUGGGGAGGAGGCGGUGCGGCAGCGUGCCUCUCCGGCUGUGGAUUUGCUGGGUGGCAACCCCCAGGCUGCACAGAAUGUGGCUGGGGAGUCACCUCGGCAUGCCCCGCAGCCGGUCGCAGCUGCCCCCCGCCCAGUCCCUCCGUUCACCAAUCCGUCCACUGUGCCAUUGCCGGAGAGCAACGACUCAGCAUUCCUCGGCAUGGAGAACGACCCUCCAACAUCGUUGCCUGAGACUCUCCCGAUCAGAAGCAACUCUAAGGACAGUGUCUCAGAAGAAGUCCCAGCUGAGGAGAGCGUUUCCGAAGUUGUUGGAGUUGCGAGAUCCUCGCCAACAUCCCUCACAGAGGACUGUAGUUCCUCUGCUGAGAUGCAAAGGCUUCAAGCUCCCCUUUGUCCUCCUCUCUCCUCAGAUAUACAGAUCGACAGCACAGUGCAAAAGUUGCAAUACGGGUCACAAACUGAUAAAGAGAAAAGGCACUCAAACAGUGAGACGAACGAGAUUCAGCCACUUGCAGAAGGUGCUGGACUUGUGGUUAUUGCGGGGACAAAGGAGAAACAGUCCGUCAGUUUGGAAUAUAAACCAGAAACUGAAACGAACAUGGAACUUGCUGAAAAAGAGCAGAGAGGCGAAAAUAUUCUCCCACAACCCCCAUCUCAAAUCUGUUUCACAACCUCAUCUCCUGUCCCACAAUCAGGUGUUGGUUUUGAACUCCAAGACAGCACAGAACAUGGGGUUGUGGAGCAGUCUGACAGGGACUCUCUUGUCCACGCAAAUCAAGGCAGCCAUAUACCUCCGUCAGGUGCUGCGUGGCAAGCAGGCGGUCACCAGGACUCAAAAUCAUCUCCGCUCCCCGUACCCUCCUCUGACAGUAGUGAGAUUAAACAAACUGACCUGUCACAAACACAGCCUAACAUCAUCAAGGAGAUCUCAAAUGAUGCCAGAGAAUCUCAGACAGCAAAUUCUUUGGAGUCAGUUGAGACAUUUGAGGAUGUUAAAGUGCUUGUUGAAACUUCUCACAGAGAAACACAACCUCCCCCAGCUGAAAUACUUGAGACCACAAAGGCAAGAGAAACACUUCACGGAUUAUACACUUUUGGAAACGAAAGCUCAGCGUCCAGCGACACAGCCGGCGACAUCCAGAGGAGCUGUGAUCGCCUUGAAGGAGAGCAGGUGGAGAGUAGCACAAGGGAAGAACAAACUGACACCUCCUCAUCUGACUUCACAACGCUGCCAGAGUGCUCUUCCACGCAGGAGAGUUCCCCAAAACCCUGCGCUGUUCCCCCUCUGUUUGACACAGGCAUAGUUGUCUCACUGCAGGCGGGGCAGGUGGUUGAAACAUCUCAUCCCUCCGAUCAACUCACCACAACAGAAACGUCGCUGGUUGCUGAACUUGCCGAGGCUCAAGAAAUCGUGGUUGUCAGGGAGGAGGCUCACAUCAGCGAGGAGUGGUCCGGCAUGCACCUGAAUCAGAGUUACCUGCUACAACGAGAGGACGGUAGUGUCUGUGAAGCUGCCAUCGUUAAUGAACUUUCUACUGGAGAACCAAAGCUGUACGAAGAGCGGGUUCAGUCAGAUAUGGAGUUAGUCUCACAGCCGGUGGAGGUGUAUGAGUUUUGCGGCCUGGUGGAGGAGGUUGCUGAGGAAACGGUGUGUGCCACUAGUAGUGCACAGAUGCCUCACUCUCCGGGAUACGAGGUGAACCUAUUCAACGCGUUACUAGAAAAUUCUGAUGAGUAUACUGUCAAACAGGACCUAGAACUGCACCUUGGACCAUCUAUUCACACAAUAAGUGAAAGCGACACUGUCAUCAUUUCCCAGCAGCCCUUGCCUUCAUCACAGGAUGCAAAUGAAAUGCAAGCUAACAAUACUUCUCAUAAUUUAUCCAUACAGAACACGAGGGUAGCUGCUGUCGGACAGCAUUUGGUAUUAGAUGCUAACCAAGCUGUUCAAGUGGCAAACUCGAGUGAGGUUUGUUUAGUUGAAGUAGCUGCUGUUACAUCUGACUCAUUCACUGUUGAAGAGACAGGCGCCAGUGCACAAAUUGUGACAACUUGUUCACAGGUCAGUGCAGCAGUCUCAGACCAAACAGAGGUGAGUGAUUCUUUUGUAAUUCAAACAGCUCCCCAAAAACAGGAAGCAGAAGCAACAGCUGGUUCGUUAUCUCUCAUAUCCCCAGUGGUUACUGGCGAGGACAUAGGGAUGCAAUUGUCCGAUGUUGUUUCAGUGCAUGUUUCUCAUGUAGAAAAACAGCCCUCCCUAAUUCAGACCCCAGGAGUCACUGUUGUAAGUGCCACAAAGCCUGAGGCCUGUGUUUCUUCACUUGAAGGGACCAAAGAAACCCCCGCUUUGACAGAGACUCCAUCCCAGAAUAUUCAGAAUGUUGCCGUGCCCGCAGAAACCAACCCAGGCGCUUUCCGCACCACUCUUUCCUCUAGUAUUAUAAAUCCAAAGCUGCUCCUUCUCAAACCGGGAGAAACUCCUCCCCUGAAACACCCACCCUCCCAUUUGGCACAGGUGUCCAAGCAACAGAAUGCGGCCGGCAAGCUGGCCAAUGCCCACAGCUCUUGGCCUGGCACAAUGUCUGAGGAGUGCCUUCCCCAAACUGUCUCAGCAGCAGACUCUUUAUGUGCGUCUGUGGCUCUUAGCAGCCAGAAAGAUCAGGUGCAGUGCUCCGUCAGUAAAAAUUCAGUGACGGCGGCGGUGCCUGUAAAGGUGCAGCAGCCUACGAUGAGCGGUAACAUCACACCUGCGUCUGUCACCCCCACAAGUAAAUCUGAUAAAGAGGCCUUAACCGUUACUAAAACUUCAGCAAGUGAAGCCGUGUCCCAAGAUGUUGUCGCACCCACCAGCGCCACCCCACCUACAACCCCUGACACCCUUCACGUGCUCACAACGUUGGUGGAAGGGGACAGUGCAACACCCACCAGUCCCAAUAACCCCAUCAGCCAACCUGACUCCCUCUACGCGGAGGACGAGAGUGAGGACAUGGAGCAGGAUGAGCCCGCGGGAGAAACGGAGGCUCAGGAAGUCACUUCAGGACAGGUUAGCAGUCCAGAGGAAGGCAGCGACGAAGAACCCGACGCUGACAAAACAGAAAGCGAAAUAACCACUCCCAGCUCGUCACACAAGCAUGGACAGAGCAGGACAGACAGAAAGGCACUGUUCCUUAAGGUGCGGCAGUGGAUCGCGGACAGGGUCACCGUGAAUUCAUCUCCUGUCUCACCCUCCACCUCCUCCUCCUCCUACCCCGGACCCUCACCCAUCAGCGAUUGGUCCACACCACGACGGGAGAGGUCCUCACCUCUCCGGGGUCCGCACGGCAAGUUCGUCUCUCCUUCCUCUGUCGGUGCCUACAGUUUGUCCUCUUCCCCUCCUGAUCAGACGCCUCAGCGAUCCCGCGGAGAGCGUCACACGGACAUGGCAGAACUGGCUAAACAUGAAGCCGACAUCGAGCAUCGAACCCAGGCAUUGAAGCGAGAGGGCUUCUGGUCGAUGAAGCGUCUCACCCGCCUGACGGAGCCGCCGCGACCCAAAGUUCACUGGGAUUACCUGUGUGAGGAGAUGCAGUGGCUCUCUGCUGACUUUGCCCAAGAGAGGCGGUGGAAGAGAGGUGUGGCUAGAAAGGUGGUACGAAUGGUGAUGCGACACCACGAGGAGCUGAGGCAAAAAGAGGAAAAAGCCAAGAGAGACGAGCACGCUAAAAUCAGAAGAGUUGCAUCUUCUAUUGCAAAGGAGGUCCGGGCUUUCUGGAGCAGUGUUGAGAAGGUGGUGCAGUACAAGCAGCAGUCCAGAUUGGAGGAAAAGAGGAAGAAGGCUUUGGACCUUCAGCUGGAUUUCAUUGUUGGCCAGACAGAGAAAUACUCAGACCUCCUCAGCAAGUCACUCGCACCCACCCGGCCCGCUGAAACUGUCCCUGUGACUCCCCAAAAAUCCCUGCCUCCUACCGCUGAUGAGGAUGACAGAGACUUUGAGCCUCCAUGUGAAGAGGAGGAUGAUGAGGAGACAAUAGAGGUGGAGGAGCAGCAGGAGGGCAAUGACGCUGAGAGCCAUCGGAGGGAGAUUGAACUGCUGAAGGAGGAGGGCAUGCUGCCGCUGGACCAGUUACUCAGCACCCUCAAACUGCCACAGGACUCAGGCUCAGAGGAAGAAUGCUCUGAUGAGACCUCUUCAUCAGUAGAGGAGGAAGAGGAAGAUGGGGAAUUCACUGCCAAUGAAGAAGAUGCUGAGGAUGAGGAGGAUACGAUCGCAGCCCAAGAGAAGGUAGAAGGAAAUGUGGAUCACGCAGAGGAACUGGACGACUUGGCCAAAGAAGGUGACAUGAGUAUUGAGGAGCUGCUGGAGAAAUACAAAGGAGCUUAUGCCUCAGACUAUGAGGCACCUUCUGCAUCUGGCUCUAAAGCAAGCUCUGACUCUGAGGUGUCUGGGGAUGAGGAGGAGGAGAGCGAAGAAGAUGAGAGUGACGUGGAAAGCAACACUUCCUCCUCAGAUUCACCAGGAGACAGUGCAGAGGAUGAAGACAGUGAGAAAGAAGAGGAGGAGAGUGAGGAAGAAGAGGAUGAUGACUGUGGAGAUGAAGGGAUGGAGGUUUUGCUGAAGGAGGGAGACCACAGCCCACCUUCCUCUACCUCGCGGCCAAAGAAAGAAAUCAGCCACAUUGCUGCUACUGCAGAGAGCCUGCAGCCUAAAGGCUAUACUUUGGCUACGACGAAGGUCAAGACCCCCAUCCCAUUCCUGCUUCACGGCACAUUACGAGAAUACCAGCACAUUGGACUCGACUGGCUGGUCACCAUGUACGAGAAAAAGCUAAAUGGCAUUUUGGCUGAUGAGAUGGGUCUGGGAAAGACCAUCCAGACUAUUGCUCUGCUGGCUCACCUCGCCUGUGAAAAAGGUAACUGGGGCCCUCACCUCAUCAUCGUCCCCACCAGUGUGAUGCUGAACUGGGAGAUGGAGCUGAAGCGCUGGUGUCCUGGGUUUAAAAUCCUCACCUACUUUGGCAGCCAAAAAGAGAGAAAGCUAAAGAGACAGGGCUGGACGAAGCCUAAUGCGUUCCACGUGUGCAUCACUUCGUACAAGCUGGUGCUUCAGGAUCACCAGGCCUUCAGACGCAAGUCCUGGCGCUACCUGAUCCUAGACGAAGCUCAAAACAUCAAGAACUUCAAGUCUCAGCGCUGGCAGAGCCUGCUGAACUUCAACAGCCACCGCCGGCUGCUGCUGACAGGAACUCCUCUGCAGAACAGCCUGAUGGAGUUGUGGUCUCUGAUGCACUUCCUCAUGCCCCACGUCUUCCAGUCGCACCGCGAGUUCAAGGAGUGGUUCUCCAACCCGCUGACGGGGAUGAUCGAGGGCAGUCAGGAGUACAACGAGGGCCUAGUCAAAAGGCUCCACAAGGUGCUGAGGCCGUUUCUGCUCAGGAGGAUCAAGGCCGACGUUGAGAAGCAGAUGCCCAAGAAAUACGAGCAUGUGGUGCGCUGCCGCCUCUCCAAGAGACAACGCUUCCUCUACGACGACUUCAUGGCACAGGCCUCCACACGGGAAACGCUGGCCAGUGGUCACUUCAUGUCUGUGAUUAACAUUCUCAUGCAACUCCGCAAAGUGUGCAACCACCCCAACCUGUUUGACCCUCGGCCCAUCCAGUCUCCCUUCAUCACGCAGCGCAUCGUUUUCCACACAGCCUCCCUGGUGCAGGAGGCCCUGGAUGUCUCUCCUCUGAAGCGCUGCGACCUGUCGCUGUUCAACUUUGUUAGUUUGGAGACCCGUGUGUCCCGGUACCAGGCGGAUGUCUUCCUGCCGCGCCACAAGGUCAGCCGCCAGCUAAUCCAGGAGAUCAUGGAGUCCCCUGAACCUCCUCCGAGACCCAAACCCGUACGCAUGAAGGUCAACAGGAUGUUCCAGCCGCCUCCUAAAGGUGACAACAGGCCGGUCCUUCUGAUGAACAAACCUACCUGCUCCGUGCCCCCUGCAGCUCAGACCCCCAGACCUCCUCCAGUAACCGAAGUCUCUGCAACUCCUGCACCUGCUCCUGUCGUUCAACAAGUGGUGUGUUCAGUGGCGUCCAACCCCCCUCCCCGCCCGUCCAUGCAUCCUGCAGCUCAAACUGCAGUGAGAUCCAGCGUGCCCAAGCCAGUGCUGACCGUACGGCCUCCCACUGCUCCCUGCACAGCCAGUAUUCCCGCUCACGCAAGUCCAAGCCCCAGCAGCGUCAUGCCCCAGAGGGUUCUGCUCAGUCCAGAUAUGCAAGCCAGGUUGCCUUCUGGUGAGGUAGUGAGCAUAGCCCAGCUCGCCUCCUUGGCGGGCCGACCUGUGUCGUCAUGUCAGGGCAGUAAACCCGUCACCUUCCAGCUUCAGGGCAACAAGCUGACUCUGUCUGGAGCCCAGAUCCACCAAGUCCCAGCAGCUCCUCCACGUCCAGUUCAAGGUAAUGUGAUGCACCUGGUGUCCAGUGGGGUGCAGCACCACCUCAUCAGCCAGCCUGCUCAGGUGUCUGUCCAGAGUGCAGCCAACACACACCCUGCGAACACCUCCACUGCUCCCCCUGCGAACCGCCUGCCUCAUAAUGCCUCCUCGCAAGUGCCCUCCUCCAUGGUUAGCAGCCCCGGCGUCGUGAAGAUCGUUGUGCGACAGUCAGCAGGCAAGGAGGGCGGGCCUGUUCCCACCCUGGCAGUGGCCCCUUCCCCUCGUGUUGCUCCUCAGGCAUCCCCUUCCCUGCACGCCCAUGCCAACACAACCCCUGUCAGAAACACUGCUCCACUGCAAAUUUCCCAGCGCACCCCCGGUCCCGCUACCGCCCACUACACCAUAGCUCCUCCCAGAAACCCUAGCUCCACCCAAAACCAGCCCCAACCCCCUCGCCCUGUCCUCAAAGUAGUGCAGCCUCCUUCAUCAAGCACAGAGCAGCCAGCUCCAGCGACCCCCUCAUCUUCUGUGUCCAAGGCUUCAACAGCACCACGUGACAGCAGCAGCAGCAGCAGCAGCAGUCAAACACCGGCAACCACGAAGUCGAGGCCCAGUGCGGGGGCAAAAGCCUACCCUCCACCCAGGAAAGUGCCUCGGCCACCUCCUCGCUCUCCGUUCCACAUGUCAUGGCUAGCAGAGAGUCACAAACAGCAGCACGACAGCCGGCUGGACUUUAUCAUUCGAGUCAACGAGCAGCACUGUGGAGCAAAGCCUGUGUACGGCCUGGAGGUUUUGGACUUCCUGACUUUUCUCCCCAGUCUUCGUCCCUCCCCGGCCGCCCAGAGCUCUCAGGGCGAGUGGGGCCGAUCGGGUCACAGCAGCUGUCUGUUCGCACAGUGGCAAAACAAAUACGACUACUGGUGUCAGAGUCAUGCUGUGAGAGAGGCCAUCCACAGCAUCGAGGAGAGGCUGGGGCUGCUGAGUGACAUGAUAGACAGGUACACAUUCGUGAUUCCCCCUGUCGAGGCUCCUCCAAUCUCCAUGCACUGCUGCCAUCCUCCUCCCUCCCUGAGCCACAAACAGACAGUCUUCUCCUCCCUGCUAUCAACUCAAGUUGCCCCACUCACUCGCAGUCUCCAUCGUAUCCAGUGUAACAUGAGGACCCAGUUCCCGGACCUGAGGCUCAUACAAUAUGAUUGUGGUAAGCUUCAGACUCUCCACACUCUGCUGCGAAAGCUGAAGACAGGAGGCCACAGGGUGCUGAUCUUCACUCAGAUGACGCGUAUGUUGGAUGUCCUGGAGCAGUUCCUCAACUACCACGGACACAUCUACCUCCGCCUGGACGGCAGCACCCGCGUGGAGCAGAGACAGGCCCUCAUGGAGCGCUUCAACGCAGACCGUCGCAUCUUCUGCUUCAUCUUGUCAACUCGCAGCGGAGGUGUGGGGGUGAACCUGACCGGGGCAGACACUGUGGUUUUCUACGACAGUGACUGGAACCCCACCAUGGACGCCCAGGCGCAGGACCGUUGCCAUCGUAUAGGCCAGACCCGAGACGUCCACAUCUACAGGCUGAUCAGCGAGCGCACGGUGGAGGAGAACAUUUUAAAGAAAGCCAACCAGAAGAGGAUGCUGGGAGAUAUGGCGAUCGAAGGAGGAAACUUCACCACUGCCUUCUUCAAACAGCAAACCAUCCGAGAGCUGUUUGAUAUGAAUGACGGAGAGAAGCGAGAGAUGGCCGUGGAGCUGUCGGUGCCCCAAGCUGAGGAGGAGGAGGCCGUCAACAAACAGAGCACCACCAUUCUGGAGCAGGCCCUGUGCCGUGCUGAGGACGAGGAGGACAUCGUGGCAGCCUCUCAGGCCAAAGCAGAGCAGGUGGCAGAGCUGGCGGAGUUCAACGAGAACAUACCGCUGGAUGACGGAGGGGAACAGGAGGAAGUGGAGGAGCUCUCCAAGGCUGAGCAGGAAAUAGCUGCUCUAGUGGAGCAGCUCACUCCCAUUGAACGCUACGCCAUGAACUUCCUGGAAGCCUCAUUAGAAGAUGUUUGCAAAGAAGAGUUGAAGCAAGCAGAGGAGCAAGUGGAGGCUGCCAGGAAGGGCUUGGACCAGGCCAAGGAGGAGGGGCUUAAACUUCACGCCUCAUCUGACGAUGACGAUGACGACUUUUUGUCACCGCCAGCGUCUGUGGAGCCCGCUCAACCAGCUCCUGCCCGCCGUGGCCGUAAACCCAAGGACAAGGACAAGAUAGUCACCUCCACAAGGACCAGUGGUCGGCUUCGUGGCGCCUCGCCGGAAACUGAGGCUGAGCCUACGACCCCUAGAGAAGUGCCUGAAAGACCCCGUCUUGGUCUGAGAGGACGAGGAGCUGCCAAAGACACAGGUGCUGUGUCUACCACCCCGUCACGCACAGACCAUCAAAAAACCUCCUCAUCAACAAGACUCCAAGACUCCACCAAAUCUUCAAAAGCUUCAUCACCUGCCCGAGACCACCAGACCACCAAAACCAGGACUCUACCAAACCGCUCCCAUCCCAGUCCAGUGCCUUCCCCUCCCUCAACCUCACCCCCUGGAGGGAAACAACAGGGUGUCAUGGAGACUGAUGGCAAGAGCUCCAAAGCCGGCAGAGAGGACAAGGAGGCGGAGAAUGAGAGGAGGAUAUCUGAAUCGUCGCUCGAAUCCAGCGGCCCGGCGGACAGUCAGACAAAAGAUGAUGACAGCAAAGACCACAGCUCCAUGUCUCCCCCCUCCACCAGUUCCAGGUCGCCUCGCAAGCGCCAGUCUGCAGAUGGUGAAGUCCUGCGGGGCCUGGUUGAAGACUCCCCAUCAGCCAAAGUGUUGCGGAAGCUUCCAGGGAGGCUUGUCACUGUGGUGGAGGAGAAGGAACCGAGAAAGAGAAGGCGGCGUGGAAGCGGCACUGGAGGUGGAGGUUCUUCAGAAGAGGCGACUGCGGAGGAGGCCGCUGCUGGAUUUGUUGAUGAACCAAACAAAGACAUCACACCACCGAGCCCUGACAGCAAAACUAAAGAGACUGUUACCAAACCCCCUCAGGACCAAGACUCCACCCCGAGUCCGUCAGUGCAGCCACAGCCUGUCAGAAGUUAUCCUCCAUAUUCUCCACCACAUCUUUCUCCUGACAUGCCUGUGCUGAGAAACCUUCCUGUACGCCGCAGGUUGGAAACUGAAUCUCGCAUGGCCGCUCAGCUGGGGGAGCAACACCAGCAUCUAGGUCGAGGACGGGGAGGAAAUCAGUCCAGGAAAACAGACACGCUGCCAGGCAGAGACGCCACUUCAACCUCCUCAGAGUCCAGCGUGAAUUCUCUUGUGACACCUCUGAAAAGAAAGAGGGGCCGGCCCCCUAAGACCCCCCCGAGGUUACCUGAGCCUGACAACACAGCGACUCCUUCCCCGCAGCCCACCUUGCCAAGUGAGGAGGGGAACCCGCCUCUCUCCCCAAAACGGAAGAGGGGUCGUCCCCGCAAAGACUCCACAACCACGCCCGACACUGUUAGUGAAGGACAGAACUCUAAAAAAGAGACCGCCACUACUGAUGUAUCUGGUUUAUCAAAAACUGAUGCUGGCACAGAGCCAGCAUCAUCAGAGACCCCCACAGCUGCUGUCAUCAGCACAGGUCAGGCUUCCCAGUCCACCACAGCUGAGGAAACGGACACUAAGACUGAGGUUUCAGCCCCUGCUCCAAAUCCAGCACAAACCUCCACACCAGCCUCAGCUUCGGUCCAAACACCACCUGCACCUGCACCCCAUGUGACCCCACCCCUCCCUGUGGCCGCCUCCACAUCAGCCUCAACCCAAACCGUUAGUUCAGAUCCGGCUACAGUUCCGAUCUCAGCCGCAACAUCAACCCACAUUUCCUCUGCAUCCUCUUCAACACUUUCCACAUCUGCUACCAUCCCAGUCACUGCUACCACAACUCCACCUCCACCUCCACCUCCACCUGUCAGCACCGUUUCAUCAUCUCCUCCAGGUGAAAAACCAACACUUCCACCAUCUACAGCUCCCAUAGAGCCAAAACCUUCAACUUCUACAGCUGUGAAAACAACAGGAUCAGACACUGCCAAAACUACCACGGUUACCACACCAGUUGCAACUGCACCACCCACCACGGCUGUCAAAGCAGUUCCAACAUCAGUCCCCGCCACAAUAAUCACAGCAGCUACAACCAUAGUAUCAAAACCAGUAAGUGUUACACCAGCAGUCACCACUACAGUGAAACCAGUCACAAUAACUAAAGCUAUUGCAGCAAAGGACUCGCCACAAGCCUCUGCUCUGUCACCUUCAACGUCUGCUCCGACUACUGUAAGCUCCGCCCCAGUUGCCACUUCCUCAAGCCCAGCUACACCUUCACCAAAACCAUCCUCAACGUCUUCCCCCACUACAGCAAUAACUACGACAACAACAACGAAAACAGUCCAAGCUUCUUCAUCCAACUCAGCAGCAACUAUGACAACACCUGCAGUAAAAGGAGUACAAACAGCUCCAUCAAGCCCAACAACAGUUACGACAACAACUCCAGUAAAGAUGGUGCAAGCAAGUUCAUCAAACCCAACAACAACGAUGACAACAGCCCCACUAAAACCAGUGCAAGCAGGUCCAUUAAACUCAACAAGUUCGUCAACAGUCCCAACUACAAGCCCAGCCACGUCUGGCAGUGCUUCUUCAACACCACCAACAAAAACAGCUGCCACAUCUGCUGCGAAUACAGCUCCAUCUUCUCCAGCCCAAACAAGGACGCAUGAAACAAGCACCAACGUCCCAGCCAAACUGGUGCAAACAGUGCAAGAGGCUGCACAGGAAAAAGUAGCUGUCAAGUCCCCAGCAGUAUCUCCCAGUCCAGUCUGCACCCCUUCCCCAACUACAGCCCCCGCCAGUUUUACUACAGCCGCAGAAGCAAAGGUGGUUGCAGUAACUUCGUCACCCCCAACAGGAGUCGUCAAAGCAACAACACCUGCAGCAGCAGCCCCCUCCAAAGAACACACUUCUACUACUGCUCCCCCUGCACCAACUGCAGAAAAGACUGUCAACAUCACGCCCCCAGUAACAACUGCCACAGAUGCUGUCGCCACAACUACGUUAACCCCAGAAAAGUCAGUUACAGUUGAUUCCACAAACACUGUUGCAACUACCCAAGUAUCCACUAUCACAGCUGCUCCUGAGCCAGUAACGACAACCACAGCUGCUCCUCCUGAGACCACCCCCCAAAACUCUGCACCCACAGGUGUUUCCCCAGAGGUGUCUACACCAACCCAUACGGAGGCCCUGCCCCAGAUACUAACAUCUGCUCCUUCCAGUGUUUCAUCUGAGAAACUAUCUACAGAGUCUAAACAGAAAGUUUCUGCUUCUAAAAGUGACUCGGACCCGGUGACAGAAAUGGAAGUAGAUGCUGUGGCGGCCGGAGGGACAAGCAAGGAGGAGGAUGACAAAAAGCAGGAGAUCUGUAAGUGUCAGCCUAAAAGGAUAAAGGUGGAGAGUUCCUCUGAGACCCAAGACUUGGAGCCAGGAAGGGAUGGUGCAGACGGAGAAGCAAAGACUACAACCACCCCUCACAAAGAAGAACCUAAGCAACAGGUUCCAACAGUGGAGGAAGCUACUGAAGAUCAGAAACCUCCCAAACAGAAAAGGCCACUUAGUCGCCAGAGUAGCCAGGAGUCCACUCGCUCUUCUUCUCCAUCAUCUGGAGGCUCUACCACAACCCUCACUCGCCACGCUCACCACAGGAGGACGUAUGAAAACAGACAUCCUGCAAAGAGGAGGCGAGUAGACGUCACCUUAGAAGGGGACGAGGAGAUAAAGGAGGAAGGUGGGGAAAUAAAAGAGGGAGGCAGCAAGGAGGACCUCACCACCUCUACCUCUCGGAGGAGGCACUCCAGGUCUUCCUCAUCCUCCUCCGACUCAGACAACAGCGAGAGCAGGAAGGAGCACCGGCUGACUCGCUCAGCCAAGAGGAGGCUGCAAGAUCAGGAGAAGGAGAAGGGCAACAGCCGGCCAGGGAAGAAACCCGGACACAGCACUGACAGAAACGCAUCCAACAACGCCAACGCAUCUACAGGCGGAGAGUCUGGCAGCGAUACAUCUUCUGUCAGGAUCACCAGAAAGUCUGCGGGAUGUCAGCCUUCACAAGACAGUAAAGCUCAGACGAACAGCGCCCCCUCGUUGCCUCCUGAGCCUGAGGUCCUGGGGAAGAGAUGCUCAGCACUCAACGCAGCAGCCAAGCUUCUCGCAAUGAAGGGCAGAGUGGACACCCCCGGCCACACCACUCGGAAAGACUCAGCAGCCAAGUCCACCGGGACUUCGCCUGCCUCCUCUUCUGACAAGAACCAAAAGCCUAAAAACAAAAGUGUACCAGCUUCUCCUCAGAGCAACUCUGUAACUCUUACUAAUAGUAAAAGCAGUGGCAGCAAACCCUCAACACCCAGUCAGUCAAGCCGCUCUGCUUCCCGCUCCACCAGGCAGUGCCCCGGUUCUCUGGUUCCGCCCCUGGAAGGGGAGUACAAGAGGUGUAAGCCAGAGGAAAAGGACAGGGGGAGCAGGAAGCUGUCAAGGGGAAAGGAAGGCGAGGCUGAGGCCCAGUCUCUGUCCAGGGGCCACAGCGCCUGCAGCAGCAUGAGCAGUGACGGCGAGGGCGACGGCGGCGGACGCAGCAGCAGGAGUCGCAGCAGCAGCAACAGCAGCCAACGGACCCAUAGCAUCAGCUCUCAAAACACGGAGCACAGAGAGUCCCGCUCCCGCGGCGCUUCCUCCGGCAGCGAGCGCGAGAGGGACCGCAGCUCGGAUCGGAUGAAGAGCAGAGACAAAAAAGAGAAGCAGGGCCAACAGCGGGAGAGCCGCAAGGAAAGCAGGAGGUCUCAGAGGCUCUCGCAGGAGGUGACCAGCGGUUCAGGAACUGAGGGGACACCGGACAGGGUGCUGCGGAGCGUCGCGGCACUCGCAGCGGUGCAGGCCCGGUCACCGGCCGCAAGCACCCGCUCCUCUGCCAGUCAACAGCGUCACAACAAGACAUGAUCGGAGUGCCAAAGGGAAGCAAUGGAAUCCAGAGUGUUGUUGCAGAGCACGAUACGAGAGCUCGUCAUGACCUCCAAGGUUGCUGCUUUGUCUGCUUCUCUUAACAAUGCAAGGGAUCUGAGUGCUGCACAAGCCAGGGACCUCCCUGCCUCUUGGGCCCUCUCCCUUUCCAAUUGGAGCUGGUCCCCUCACCAGCUCAGCUAUUGUCGGCUGGGGGAAGGCUCAGGGACGCUGGACUGAGGGUAAAAAAAAAUGUGGCGCCAUCAUUGUGCGUCCCUAAACAGACAGAGAAAUGGUGCAGUGGAUAAAUUCACCACUUGGACUUGAGGGGGGGACAAAGGUGCAGGAGGUAAUAAAGGCAAGUUGUUAGUUCACAUAAUGUACUGUACUCAUUAAAGACUGGAACACUCAGAUCUUAUGUGUUAAGAUGGGAUUAUACAGCACCCUCUAUCAGGGUUAUAAAUGAAAAGUCAUUUGUGUGACAUAAACUUUCGAGUGACCAGUUGUAUUGUAAGUUGGAGGUUUUAGAAAGUUUGGUUUUGAGAAUUUCGUCAGCUGUCCUGACUUGUUUCUUUGUAGUCAGUUGAUAAGUUAUGCAUAUUUUAUUAUUUCUUCCAGGGUAUUAGGAAGAGAAACAGAUCUGUCAAUGUGAUCUUUGCUGCACUAUGCUGGAGCUUGUCUUUGCUUGGGUCCCUUCUUUUCCAUGUCGAUUUCUGUUCAUUGGAUUCAUUUUUAAAUCCAGCCUUUGCAUUUCUCAUUUGCACAUCUGAUAACAUGGCCCUCGGCUUUUUGAGUACAUUGUGGUCUAGUAAUUUGUUUUCUUUUUUUUACAUCAACUUGAGUGAAAUAAUUGGUUCCUGGUAUCUCACAAUGUAUCGCUUCCCGUUUGGAAAUGUAUUAAUUGAAGUCGCAAAUUGUCAUGGAAGACGUCACAUCUGGAGACAAAACCCGAAUCUUCCCAAAGGAGGUUAUUGUUUAAAUCCACUUUGUCAUGUAUUUAUAUUGAAAGGGCAAGUUAAUGUUGUUGAAAUUAAAGAGUGCCUCUUUGGCCAAAUGGGUUUGAACCUCAGAUUGCCUUGUGAAACACCUGAAGCCGGGGUGUUGAGCUUCUAUUUAAAAAAAAAAAAAAGAAAAAAAAAAAAAAGAAAAAAGCCAAACAAAAAAAAAAACACACCCCAACAAAAAAAAACAUCAAGAAAAACACCCUGUGCAUCAGUGCUACCAAAUUAAUGUUUUCUUUUUCACCUGAGUUUUUUUUUUUUUUUUGUCACGUCACUUCAUUGCUCUUUGUUCAUGUAAAAAACAAAAAAAGCAAAAAAAAAAAAUUUACUUGGACAAAAUAUGUGAAUAAAAUUACUGGUACAGUUCCAGAUGACUGUAAAUUGUCGAUUUACUUUUGGACUUGUCGAAAGUGAUUUUGAGCAAAGGUUAUAUUUGGAGGGGGGUGGGGGUGGGGGUGGGAGGGUAGUACAUGGUGAUGGUCUUAUUUUUUUGAUUUGUGUCUCUUUCAUUUGUUGCAUUCCUUUUUGAUCCCUUGUAAUUCCACAUUAUUUUACUUGAAAGAUUAAGACAAUUACAGUUGAAUAAAAAGACCAAAAAUUUGUUGCCAGUUUUCAUUGUGUUGAAGGUUUUUGUUUAACUGUGGGUGAAAUUCAGGAACUUAAAAUAAAAUACUUCCUCAUGGUAACAAUAAAAAUACUACCGGUACUCUGAAUUAAACAAGACAGACACAGAAGAACAGAACAUGGCAAUAUUUUAUUUUAAAAACAAAACUGUAUUAAAAUAAAUGAGUGAUGCAAAAUUCAACAGCCAUAAUAUUACACAGUAGCAAAGUGGCUGCUAAAUAUCUUCCUGUCUGCUGUUAACUGUGCCGAUGGGCACUUCUCUGCUUCCAAAGGAGACUUGAGCGAGGACUGUACGCCCUUUAACAUCAACUGUUUUUGUUAAUUUUAGUUUUCUUUACAGAUUUGUCACAUUGUGGUGCUAGGCAGGUUCUUCUCUCUGUAAAUUCUUAUUUCCAGGAUUUUCCAGCUAAACUAAAUGGAGACUUUGCACGCUGUGACAAACAUGUGAAGAAAAAUAACAGGUUAAAGUCUAAAUCCAGAGUAUAGUGUCAGGUAAAGCCAAAGACUCAGAGUGGAAACGUGUGAAUACAAACUAAAUAAAAAAACUCAAUCCAUCCCUUCUUGACAAUGUUAGUGCACAACAUCACGUUCUCAGCUUGACAUGAAGAAGGCACAGUUUUGAAAAGAAAAAAAAAAACAGAUUUCAUUUUGUGUUGUUGCAGAACUUCUCUUGUAGCAGCUUACACAACAAUGUAAAUCAUAAAUACAACCUGG